AUGUCUGCGAUUCCUAAGGACAACGUUACCGGAUCCUCCGUCGAGUUUCCCUGCCAGUUUCCAGAGGGAAUUUUCAACCCAUUGAGAGACGCGAUAGAUGAUGUACUUCGGCUGCUCGGCAAAACGCUGAAACCGCUCGGCGAAGAGCUGUGGUCUAGGAAUGAGUUCCACGACCUUGGUGACGGUCGAGUGGCGAAGGUUGGGCCAACUGUAAAGAUCUACGAAGCCCGCGCGAUGCACUUCGUCCGCUCGCACACGAACAUCCCCAUUCCCGAGCUUCAUAUGGCCUUCGAGCACGACGGUCAGACGUACAUCGUUAUGGAGCUUGUCGAUGGCAUCUCUCUACGCGACGCCACGCACACUAAUGUCGACGGAUCUCCCAACCAUGGCUUAGGCCCUGGACUAGUUUCCGAUGACGAGAUGCUCCCUAUCAUCGAAGACUUGAAGAACGUGAUCGAAGAGUUACGACAGCUCGGUCGCCGCUUCCCCCCGAGGAAUCCGUGGUUCGGCGCGUGGCCAGAGGGCCCCCUCAGCAACUGCUACACUUGGGAUGAGCUUCCUACAGCGCCAUUUAACAACAUCGACGAGUUUCACGCAUAUUUUCUGGAACGCUUACGACCUAGAUGGACCGAGGUCUCGACAUACGGGGCUUUGGAGCGAGUCCGACGCGAAGCUCAAGACCAUGCACCAGUCCUGACGCAUGGUGACCUUGCUCCUCGAAAUGUGCUGGUGAAAGGUGGAAGAGUUGUUAGCGUCGUUGACUGGGAGACGUUCGGUUGGUAUCCGGACUUCUGGGAGAGGAUGGGGAUCGAAAAUGAGUCCUUGGAUCCUCGGACUCACCAGGCAAUCACUGCAGUGUUCGGCGAGAGACCUUUUGCCUCCGAAGUAUACUUCUAUGUCGAAGGCUGUUUGAACUUCCCAUACUGA